CGCCGAGCGGCGUCGCCCGCGUCUCCUCACUCUCUCUCACCUCACGCUUUAGGCACUCGACCACCCGUCUAGUUACCAUCUCGGCGAGAGACAGAGAGAGAGGAUGGACUCGCAAGGGCCGGAGCGGGACAUCGACGACCUGCCGCGGAACGCCGCCAACUACACGCCGCUCACGCCCCUCUGGUUCCUGGAGCGCGCCGCGCUGGCGCAGCCGGACAGGGCCUCCGUCGUGCACGGCCCCGUGCGGUACACCUGGGCCGAAACCUACCGCCGGUGCCGCCGCCUCGCGUCCGCCCUCGCGCGCCGAUCCGUCGGAGUCGGCAGCACGGUUGCUGUAAUAGCUCCAAAUGUACCGGCAGUUUUUGAAGCUCACUUUGGCGUUCCGAUGUCUGGAGCUGUUGUGAACUGUGUUAAUAUCCGGUUAAAUGCCCAGACAAUUGCAUUCCUUCUUGAGCAUUCUGUGGCAGAAGUUCUGAUGGUGGACCAAGAAUUCUUCACCCUUGCUGAAGAAUCUCUUAGGAUAACUGCAGAGAAUAAGAAAUCGGCUUUCAGGCCUCCGAUCCUGAUCGUUAUUAGUGACCCAACCUGUGAUCCAAAAUCCCAACAAUAUGCUCUAGGAAAAGGAGCCAUUGAGUACGAGGAGUUCCUGAAAACUGGUGAUCCAGAGUUCAAUUGGAAGCCACCGAAGGAUGAAUGGCAGAGCAUCGCCCUAGGCUACACUUCCGGGACUACUUCCAGCCCAAAAGGUGUUGUGCUGCAUCAUCGUGGCGCAUAUCUCAUGGCUCUCAGUGUCGCUAUGGUGUGGGGAAUGCCUGAAGGAGCAGUUUACUUGUGGACUUUGCCCAUGUUCCACUGUAAUGGUUGGUGUUAUACUUGGGCGCUGGCAGCAUUCUGUGGAACAAGCAUAUGUCUUCGUCAGGUGAGCACAAAGGCUAUAUACUCUGGCAUUGCGAAGCAAGGAGUGACGCACUUUUGUGCUGCACCAAUCGUCCUCAACGACCUCAUCAACGCUCCAGCAAGCGAGACCUUCUUGCCACUUCCCCGCGUCGUAAAUGUCAAUGUGGCUGGAGCAGCCCCUACGCCGUCCCUGCUCGCCGCGCUGUCCAUCCGCGGCUUCCGCGUCACGCACACGUACGGCCUGUCGGAGACCUACGGCCCCUCCACCGUGUGUGCGUGGAAGCCCGAGUGGGACGACCUGUCGCUGGAGGAGCGCUCCCGCCUGCACUGCCGACAGGGCAUCCGGUACACCGCGCUGGAGGGCCUCGACGUCGUGGACCCGAAGACGAUGGCCCCCGUCCCGGCCGACGGCAAGUCCUACGGGGAGAUCGUCAUGCGCGGCAACGCCGUCAUGAAGGGGUACCUCAAGAACCCCAAGGCCAACGCCGACGCGUUCGCGGGCGGGUGGUACCACUCGGGCGACCUCGGCGUGAAGCACCCGGACGGGUACAUCGAGGUGAAGGACCGGAUGAAGGACAUCAUCAUCUCCGGCGGGGAGAACAUCAGCAGUCUGGAGGUGGAGAAGGUGCUGUGCAUGCACCCGGCGGUGCUCGAGACCUCGGUCGUCGCCAGGGCCGACGAGCGGUGGGGGGAGUCGCCGUGCGCGUUCGUGACGGUCAAGGAAGGAACUGACAGCUCCGACGAGGCGGCAUUGGCGAACGACAUCAUGAGGUUCUGCCGGGAGAGGAUGCCGGGGUACUGGGUGCCCAAGUCGGUGAUCUUCGGGCCGCUGCCGAAGACGGCCACGGGGAAGAUCAAGAAGCAUGAGCUGAGAGCCAAGGUCAAAGAGCUGGGGCCCGUGAAGAAGAGCAGGAUGUGAGCUCUGGUGCUGGCAUGCUGAGAUACAUUUACAUGAGAAGUGGCCGACGCCAUCAUAAAUAAGUGAGCUCUGCUUCGAUGCUGUCUUUAGUUGCAUACUUCAGAUAAGAUUGCUUGCUGUAUGUGUCAGAUCGGCGACAGCUCUAUCCGGUGUCUCUUCAUUCCAUCGUCUGCAGUAACAGAGGGCAAGAAUAAUGUGUGGAGAAGUUAAUUAUGCGAGAAAAGAUAUGCUAGCUUGUCUUUCCCCUUUUAUGAACACAAAAGCUUUGCGUUGGAUCGCGGUUACAACGCGCUUUAGGGGCUAGCUUGUCUGUUUGCCACUGUAUCCGUUGCUUGAUCGCUUGAUGCUUAAGAUAAUUUUUAGUAUGCUUCA